AUGAGUGUAAACUCCGACAGACCAUCGGCGUCUAUGGGUACAACAGAUGUUCAUGAAUCCAUAAAAGUGGAAGAGCCAAACCCCACACCCAGUGAGCCAAACGCUGUUCCCAUACAAACAACCCCAUUGGUAGUGGAACCAGUGGAGGGAUAUGACGAAGGAGACGACGAGCCGAAAGAGACCACGAAGUCACUUUAUAACGACCAUUUCCAUGAAGAAGAAGAAGAAGAAGAAGAAGAAGAAGCGGGAGGAGAUGAUGAAUUGGUGGAAAGCGAUCAAGAGUUUGCUAAAGACUUGAAUAAAGUUGACCAUAAUUACCAUAAGGCAUAUGAAAAAUAUCAAGAAAAGUUUGCUGCUGUAUUUGAAGAAAGUAAACGAUUGUUUAAGCUAGAACAGAUCACAAGAACAUAUUUGAGCUAUUUGAAAAGACGGAAUAACGGAAUCUUGGAAGUUUUAGGUAAACUUGAAGAAGAUGAACACGAUACCAAGGAAUCAGAUGAUGAGGAUGAUGAACAGAUUCAUAUUGAUAAGAAAAGAAUUGAAAAUAUAAUAUCAAUGGCUCCUAAAUUGAAGUCCAAACUAAGUGUCUUAACUUCAUAUGAUGAUUCUACAAUAUUACCUGGUAAUUUAAAAAAGAAUAUCUCAUCAGAUUUAUAUAUUGAAGAGUUAAUACCUGAUUUAGCCAAUGAUGAUUUAAGAGAAUUGGAAACAAACCCUCAGAUUAUUGAAAAUUGGACACGAAGACAUUACCCUAAUCUUGUGGUGUCUAAAUUGAAACCAUUGAUAUACAAGCCUUAUGGAGUUCUAGAUGAAUUCUAUAAUCUCAAUAAUAUCGAGGGUACCAUAUGGAAAGAUUUCCAUGGUCAAGCAGGUGAAAAUAAUAAUCAAGAAACAGAUUUAUCUAUCUUUUCAAAGAGAAAACGGAAAGCUACUGAUGAUGAUGGGAGUAAUAAACGACAAAAGUAG